GAGGGUGGGAGAGGGGAAUGGCUGAGCACAGCACACAGAUAACCAGUGCAGAGAUGGACAGGACAUGAACCAUAAAUGAACAGAUAAAAGCGACAUUGUACAGCAUCCUGAGACACUGCCACGGGGUGAGAGGACCAGCACUGGCGAUCUCUGCACUGUGACUGCACCACAAUGAGAAGUGCGAGAGAUGAAGAGAAGCAGAGAUUGGACGAGUUCCUCUGUGAUCUGGCCCUCCUGGGCUCAUUACAAGGGUUCCGAUACUUUCAGCCUUGGCUUAGAGGGAGGGAGGAGAUACUGCUGACUGUGAUUAAUGACGAUCUGACCUGUCCAUCCUUGCGGUCACCCGCCUCUCUCAGCAGUGACUCCAGUUGUCACAUUUCUAUUUCCAGCUACGAGCCAGUUGCAAGCAGGGGACCUGCGCUCCUCCCUCCUGCCUCUCCGUGUGAUAGAGAAAUUGCUAUCCCGGAAACACAUUGCACUCUUUUUCUCCUGGCCGCUUACGCCAAGUAUGGCCGCCCUUAUGUCUGGGUGAGGUCCAAUCACCAGCGUCUGAUUGGGCCAGAGCAAGAUGAUGUGAACCUGAAGGAUAGCCCCCUCACACUUCAGUCCACCUCUGACUGGGACACAAAAGAUGUAGGAGUUUGGCACGUGUUGUGGGAUGUGGUAAAUGCUUGUGUUUCUCCACCUCCACGGAAUGCUCUAGCUGUGGACUUUUCUUACCUGCGGUCUCUCCCACUCUCGGAGCGUUCUCUCUCCUCUGGAGCUCUAAUUGGUUUCUUCCAUUGUCUGCUGCUCCGAGAACCUCGAGGGACUCCAUUAUACACCUAUGUCUGGGAAGAGUUGGGAGAGCUGACACGUCUUCAUGCACACACUCUACGGGAUCUAAAAGACAAUAAGUUGAUAAGGAGUACACUCUCAGAUCCUAUCCAGAACUUGGCUACCUGGAGUCACCAUUAGCUUAUAACGUUCCCCAGAUGGAAAGCACAAACAUUUCGAAAAAAUCCUAAUUUUCCAAAAUAUAUUCCAGAAUCUGAGAAAUCGUUCCUGAAAUAAACUUUAAAAAAAUUGUGUUUUGUCCAGCCAUACUAUAGAGAUGUGUUUUUUUUUUUUAUAAUUGUAUCUGUUUCCCAAAUCUGUACAUUUCAAGGAUCCACAGUCAUCUAGCAAUGUGGUAACAGUGGCCUUCCGAUGUUUCUUAUAUAUUCAUAUUCUUUCUUUAGAAUCUUACAAAUCAUAAAGCAGAAAAUAAACAGAGGCCAUUAAAUGUGUGAAUCACUCCACAAAGGGCUGGAACAGAGCAAAAGUAUGAGUAAGGAACAAUUGG